AUGUCUUCUAUCAAAGUUGCUAUAAUUCAGCUCCAUCCUCAACCUCAUCAAACAGAGUCAAAUCAGGCCCGCGCUAUUGCCUAUAUUCGAAAGGCAGCUCGUGCCGGUGCGAAUCUCGCAGUGCUCCCCGAGUACCAUCUCGGCGACUUCUUUCCUGAAGACCCCAAAUAUCGCGAUGAAUGCGCCAAUUGGAAGCAAUACUUAGAUGUAUACCGUGGUCUUGCCAAGGAAUGUAACAUCUGCAUUGUACCCGGGUCCGCAGCAGAGCUGUAUCGCGACGAGAAGACCGGAGCAGAGACUAUAUUCAACGUGGUCUACUUCAUCGACAACACCGGCGCCGUGAAUGGCCGGUACGAAAAGAAAAACCUCUGGCACCCAGAGCGACCUCAUGUUGGGAUGCUGAUUUGCUGGGACGUGGCGUUUCCAGAAGCAUUUCGUGAAUUGACUAGCCAAGGCGCGAAGCUUAUCAUCGUGCCAUCGUUCUGGAAGCUUACCGAUUGCGCGCCCCAGGGAAUCGUGCACAACCGAUUUGCAGAAAAGGUCUUUCUCGAUGCGGCGCUUAUUAGUCGGGCGUGCGAGAAUACGUGCGCCGUUGUCUUUUGCAAUGCGGGUGGCCCGGAGGAAGAGGACUUUGCGGGGUUGUCGCAGGUCACGGUCCCUUUUUUGGGUUGUGUUGGGAGGUCUGACAGUUGUGAAGAGGAGAUGAAGAUCGUUGAUUUGGAUAUGACGAUUUUGGAUGAUGCCGAGGCUGUGUAUAAGGUCCGUCAAGAUAUGGCUCGACCUGAUUGGCACUAUUCAUAUCGAAGAAACUUGAACGUCUAG